AUCCUCAGCAUUGAUCUUCUGGGUGGUUUUCUGUAUUUACAGUUCGAUAAUAGUGGUGCCACAGAAUGUAUGAGGAGGUGGAACUAUUGAAGGUACUGUCUUAAUUAAUGGAAGCACUUCCAUUGAGAGGAUAGACGAUGAUUUUAUUUGUGCCACAAUGGACUGGUGGCCACCAGAGAAAUGUGACUAUGGGACUUGCAGGUGGGGUCAUGCUUCUAUGCUCAAUCUGGAUCUUAACAACACUGUUUUGUUAAAUGCAGUGAAAGCCUUUUCACCUUUGAAGCUUAGAUUAGGAGGCACCUUGCAAGAUAAGGUCAUAUACGACACGGGAAGCCCUCCACAACCCUGCACCCAGUUCGUUAAAAACAGUUCCGAGCUGUUUGGCUUCACAGAGGGGUGCUUACCCAUGUCUAGAAGCGAUGAACUGAACAAUUUCUUCAAAAAGGCUGGCUUGGUCCAGCUUUCCGUACAACUAGAAUUCAGAUCAUCUUCUAGCUAAGAGUAUCUAAAUCGUGCACCAUCAAGAAUCAGUGGCGGAUUUGCAGCAUCAAUCAACAACGGCUAGAGAUAUAGUGCUGCUGUUCAUGUUCUGCACAUUCUGACCAUCAAGUCUGAUCCAAGUCUAUAACCAGUGGUAGAUUAUGCUAGACCAAGAUGAGACAGGCAUCUCACUUAGCAGCAUCUGUUCCAUGUCAGAACCUGCAAGAAUCAGAUGGCCAAAAGCCAUCCGAUUACGCCGUUCCUUGGCACAGGCCCAUUAUUAGGGGGAACCCUUAUGACUAAUUUUGUUCAAAGAAUUUAUUAAUCUAGCUCCCGAUUCAAGUAA